UACAUAAGUUGAAGUCUUUUGUAAACUAUAUAAUUCGAAAAUAGUAAAUAUAAAUGUAUUGUGUUCACAAGCGUGAAAUAUAUAUCCCAAAUACCACGGCUCAAUGUAUUUACAGCUGCAGGUCUCUUUAAGGUCACAGGCGCUACGCUCAACACUACAACCGCACACAGUGUUGCAUUUUGCCAUUAUUUGCUUUGUACCAAAAUAAAUUGAGAGAAAUGUUUGGCAUGCUGUUGAUUGCUAUACACCUUUUGGGUCAUAAACAGAUGUGGAGGGGUUGGGGAGUGAAGAAAAUUUAAAUUUGCCAUCAACAAGUUAUUGUUGCUUUGUGUUGUUGGCUUUGUUUUUAUGUUUGCAUGGCCGUUUUUACUGCCCAUAAUGUGAGUUACAAUGAAAAUGUGCGCUUUAGUAGCAGCAAUCAGCUGUGUAAGGCAAUCAGCCGAUGAGUCAGUUUGUACGGCCAGUUGGGCUGUAGCGCUUCGACAAUUUGGAAUCUGCAGCUCUUCCAUCAGCAAGGCUACCAACUGCAGGCGCCAUCAGCAGCAGCGGCAGUGGCGACGUGGCGAAUGGUCCAAAACAACAAAAUACCAUUACUACGCAAUCGACUUCCAUGCAUGCACCAGCAACCCCAACAGCUGUUCGACAUUGGUUAUAAAAUAGCGCUGUACAUUUGUAGUCCAACGGAUGCGGAUGUUGUUUCUAGUUGGAGCAGCUACUGUGCGCGUAUAUAUCAUUGAGACAAGGAAGUAAUAAAACUAUUUCAUAACUGAAAGUGCAAAGAACUGUGAUUAAUAAACAAAUAACCCAUACAAAGCUGUGAGUGACAAGAUGGUCUUAUGCAAGGAAUACCGUAUUUGCAUGCCACUCACAGUGGAAGAGUAUCGCAUUGGACAGCUGUAUAUGAUAGCCCGUCAUAGCUUGGAACAAUCUGGUGAAGGUGAAGGCGUUGAAGUAGUGGAGACUUAUGAAUGUGAGGAUCCCGUGCAUGGCAAAGGACAGUACACAGAAAAACGCAUACAUUUAUCAAGUCGUUUACCAUAUUGGAUACAAGCCGUCUGCCCGCGUGUAUUUUAUGUGACAGAAAAGUCUUGGAACUACUAUCCUUUCACAAUAACAGAAUAUACCUGCUCAUUCGUGCCAAAAUUAAGCAUCACAAUCAAAACCAAAUACGAGAAUAACAAUGGCUGCUCAGAAAACUGCCUGGCGCUCAGUGAAGAGGAAUUGCAGACACGCUUACUGGAGGACGUCGACAUUGCUUUCGAUGAGCUCUCCAAUCAGAAUCACUACAAAAAGGAGGAAGAUCCGAAAUUCUUCAAGUCUGAGAAAACAGGACGCGGCCCACUCAUCGAGGGCUGGCGCAGUACGGAUGAGCCCAUUAUGUGUUCCUACAAGCUGGUGAAUGCCUCCUUCGAGGUUUGGGGUUUACAAACCAGAGUGGAAGACUUCAUACAACGUAGCAUACGCGAUGUGUUGUUGCUGGGUCACAGACAGGCAUUUACUUGGAUUGACGAGUGGUAUGGCAUGACGUUGGCCGAUGUGCGUGCGUUUGAAAGACAAAAGCAAGCCGAAACAAAUGAGAAAUUAAAAGGAACUGGCGAUAAUUGAGGGGUGUAUAAGGCAAGAAGUGUCUGCACUAAUGUGGUUUAGUUUCCUAAGAAAGCGCUUACAAACAAAAUAAAUUACUGUUAAUGAAGAGAGAGAGAAGGCAGAAGAAAGUGUAGAGAUUUAAGACGGUUAAUCUAAAAUGGAGUUAUCGCAAGAUAAUGCUAGUCCUUAGUAUAAAAUGUUAAACGGCAUAUGUUUGCCAAAUGAAGCUCGAAAGACAUAACACACACAUAAUUACUCAGGAAAUUUGAAAAAAAAUGUUCUAAAUUUUGAACAAACCGCAUUGAGAUUUUUUCCGUACAAAAUAUUGCUGAUAACUUCCAUUUUGACGCUGCGUAUUGCUUAUAAAUGCAAAUUGACUUUAAAUCGCUUAUAAAAUCAAAUAACAGUAUAGUAAACUACUGUAACACACACGCAUUUAAUAUCGCAAUAAUUUUUUCAACUUUCUUAAAACAUUAAUUUCGAAAGUGAAAAAAUGCUAUUUUUGAGUUAUUUUUACUCCUUAAAUUCAUAAAUUUAACUAACUGCACAGAGAUAUUUUCUCAUCGCUUUUUUUGUUUGAAUUCAAAAUUAAAAAAAAAUAUUUGUUACUUACUUUAAGCCUCAAACUUUAUUGAAAAACCAAAAUCUUAGUUAGUUUGAAUUGUACUAGCAGAAAAAUAUUUAUGAAAUAAAUACAUAUACAUAUGUUAUAUUUAGACAAAUCAAAAGCAUACAAAUACAUAGACAUAGUUUGAGAAAAAUGUAACAAAAUAUAAGUUUUAUUUCAAAAAAUAACACUCUAUAUAAGUUCAUUUCAAAACUUUAGAAUAUAAUUAAAACCAAAUGUUGUAGCUUUUCAUGAAUUCGUACAAGUAUUAAAUGAAAAAAAUAGCUAAUUUUCCUGAGAUAUAUAAAAUUAUAUUCUUUACAUUUUAUGUUGUUAAAACUACCUCAUGCCGUUACUUAAAGGGAUUAAAUGAAAAUGUUUCUUUCUGCUAAGCAAAUUUAUCUAAGGUUCUUACUCCAUUCGCUCUUAUUAUUGGUUCAAGAGAUUUUAGAGGGGACCCCCCCCCCCCCCUCUCCCCUUUCUCGAUUUAAAAUUUUGACGAUUUUCAAUGGGCUGGUAAAUGAACAUAAAUAAUUUUUUAGGGUUGUAACUUUGCAUACAUUUAUUUGAAGACUUAGAAAUGAAGAAAAAAAAUUAUAAUUUCGCACAAAAAUUAACAAAAUGAUGGACCUUUAAUUUUUUUUAUCGCGUUUUUUUCGGCCACAAAUCAAGUUGAAAAGUACAGAAGAUCUUCACCGAAUUAAUAGGUUUUGAGUAACCUCAUUCGCCAGUCAUAGAAACACUAUUUCGAGAAAAACGCGUUUAAAAUUUUGAGAAGCUCUCGGCGUCGCCUGACGCUUCCAUCAUAACUCGGCUAUACUUUCAAGAGUUUUUGAAAUUUUCACUGGAAAUUUUAAAGGAACAUUCUCGAUUCAAUCGAUUUUUUGAAACCGAGUGAAACCCUUGAGUAGAUUUGUGACAUAUAAACUUCAUCUAAAUCACUUUUGGUUAGAUUAUUGCAUACUUUUAGGCUAUAAGUGCAUAUUUUAUAGGUAAAAUAGAUUUUCAAAAUCCGAGAUAACGUCUUUUUGGAAUUCUUUACUGACGUGAAUAUAUCUCAAAUACUCAUGCUAUUUCAUAUUGUAUAAACAUAACAGCUAAUAUUUUUUAUUGCAUAGUUCUAGGAGACAUUAGCGUUUUUUAACAUAUUUAACAGCUUUGGCAAUACAUAUGCAACAUAAUGCCGAUAACAACAACAACAUUCGGAUUUACAAACUGUAUUUACGGUUUUACAGUGGUUACGGUUUUACCCCUGAGAGAGAUUUCCUAACACUAUUUGCGAAAUUUCGAUUAUUGCUGCAGUAUGACCUCACAUUAUGAUAACAUAUCCCCAAUAUACUAUAUUGCAAAUAUAUUGCAAAGCUCGACUAUAUUUUUCUGCAAAGCAAAAAUACUCAUAUACGAGGGCUGCUAUGUAUAUUUCUGGCCUAAUAAUGAAAAUAUGAAUAUUUAUCAAGUUUUUCAAAAUAUUCUCCAUCAAGAUUUAUACACUUUUGCAUGCGCUCAAACCAAUUUUCGAAGCACUUUUUUUAGCCUAUUUUUGAGCGAUUGACAAAUUGUGCGGGAUCCAACGAGAACAAACCUUUUUUACGGCCAGGUGUUCAUGCAGUAUCGGAUGUAUGCUGGUGGGAGAAAUGCAUAGGCAUGCCUCUAUCUGAAGGUAUGUUACAUGAUUGGUCUUGCAUUAUCAGUUCACGUACGGCAUCAAUGUUUUCUGGCACAACGGCUGUUUUUGGACGACCUUCACGGAAUUCGUCUUUGAGCGAGCGUCGGCCACGAUUGAAUUCAUUGUACCAGUUUUUCACAGUGCUAUAGGAUGGUGCUUCAUAGCCAUACAAAGAUUUUAGUUCAUCGAUGCACUCUUGUCGCGAUAAUCCACGUCGAUCGCACGAAAAUGUUCACGAGUUAAUUCCAUUUUUUUGGCCGAGAUGAAUUUUUUAAUUCCCUGUAAAUAAAACAAUUCACGAUUAAAUGACAAAACGUUCUGAGUGAUGUUAUGCUAAAAAAUGUCAAACUUUCCAAUGGAAAUGUCAGAUUGCACCUGGCAACACUUAGUGUUGCCUAGGCCAGAAAUAUAUAUAGCAGCCCUCGUAU